AUGGGGUUUGAUAAUGAGUGCAUACUGAAUAUCCAAUCUCUUGCGGGGGAGUACUUUUGCCCGGUGUGUCGUCUUCUCGUCUACCCAAAUGAAGCAUUACAGUCACAGUGCACUCAUCUGUACUGUAAGCCUUGUUUGACAUAUGUUGUGAGCACUACCAAAGCGUGUCCGUACGAUGGCUACUUAGUGACAGAGGCAGAUGCCAAGCCCCUUGUUGAAUCAAAUAAGACGCUCGCUGAAACCAUUGGGAAGAUAGGAGUUCAUUGCCUGUAUCACAGGAGUGGGUGCCCAUGGCAGGGGCCUUUAUCUGAUUGCACAUCUCAUUGUUUUGGUUGUGCCUUUGGAAAUUCUCCCGUAGUGUGCAACAGGUGCGGAAUCCAAAUUGUGCAUUGUCAAGUGCAGGAACAUGCACAAAGUUGCCCUGGUGUGCAGCCCCAAGCACAGCAGGCAGAGGGUGCCACCUCAGCCUCUGGCACAGCUACUUCUACUGAUCAGACCCAGGCUGCCACUCAGAUAGGUACAGCAACGUCUCAGUCACAGGUUUCCCAAACCGCAAGUGCCACUAUACCUGGAGCUGAUCCAAAUUCUCAAGCUCAAGCUGUCGUUCAAGCUGCUGCUCCGACUGCUGACCAGUGGUAUCAGCAACAAUAUCAGCAGUACUACCAGCAGUAUCCUGGAUAUGAUCCAUAUCAACAACAGUAUCAGCAGUACUAUCCCUAUCAGCAGCCAGGAAUUCCACAACCACAGCAACCAGCAAUUCCACAACAACAGCAGCCUUUGCAGGCUAAUCCACCCUAUGGGACAGUCCAGUCUCAACAACAGGCAUACCUGCAACCUCCUCUCGUAUCUCAACCUCAACUACAUACCCAACAAUCUCAAUCUCAUGCUCAACCCCAACCAGUAGUUCAGCCUCCACUUGUGCAGGCUCCUAUGGCUGUGCAAACUCAAAACCAGACAUCAGUCAACCAACAGCUUCAAUUUCAGCCUGCUGUGGCACCACAUUCACAAAUUCAAGCACAGACUUACCCAUCAGCUCAUGGGCAAGCUCAACUUCCGCCUCAAGCAUAUUUCCAAGCCCAAAUGACUCAAUAUCAGCAGCCCCAGGUUCAGCAGAUUACACAGACACAGCUUCAACAGAAUCCCCAGCUUCACCCAUCUCAGCCCAUGAAUGCUACAGUCCAGUCUCAGACACAGCUCCCAUCAUCUAAUGCAUCAGCUGGCCAUCAUCUGUUCCCUCAAUCUCACCCUCAUCAACCAGUGCUCUCAGCAGCCCCCCAACAACGUACUGUGCAUUUGCAAUCUCAAGGAGCGCCUAAUUCUCAGUCACAAAACCAUGUUCAGACUCAGAUUCAGUUCCCUCUACAACCCCCACUUUUGCGACCACCGCCAUUUCAAACAACAAUUCCAAACCAGCCGCAGACAGCCUUGUUGCCUUCACCUAGCAUGAUCUCUGCACAACAGCCUCCAGUUCACUCCUUUGCUCAACAACCUGGAAUUCCUCCUCUCCAGCGACCUCUAAUCCAGCCAGUCCAACAGCUAAAUCCUCAGCAGUAUUUCCAGAAUCAGCCCUAUGUACAACAGACACCUGCCACAUUGUCGCAAUUACGUCCCCAGGGCCAAUCUCAUUCAUUCCCACAACAUAUACGUGCCUCAAACCAGUCUCAGCAGAAUGUUGUAUUGUCUCAGGGAAUGCAACAUAUUCAGCCUUCAAAUCUUGUGGGACGGCCUAUGAUGCCAAGUCAUGGAGUACUACCUCAGCCAUAUGCACAAACAGUUGGAGGAGUUCUGCCAAGGCCAAUGUAUCCUCCUUUAAACCAUCAAUCUUCAAAUCAGAAUAAUAUAGGCAGAACCAACAACCAAGUGCAACCGGGAGCAAAUUCAAGACCAACAAUGACCACAAGGCCAGCAGAGAAAGAAGCUGAGUUAUCUGCUAAGAAUGGUGCACAGGAUGUGGGUGUCUCGUCUGCUGUAGUUGCUGAUUCCGAAGCUAAAACUGUAAAAUCUGAGGUGGAUAUAAAGUCCACUGAUGAUGGAAAUAAACCUUCUUCUGAAGACAGGAGUUAUCAGGGUACCAAGGAGAUUCCAGAGUCUAAGGGGAUGUUGGGGGCGAAUGGAGAGUCUGAAAGUAAGCCAACGUUGAAGGAAGAGGGUGUAGAUAGUACUUUGGAGGAUUUAAGCAAUGGUAAACUGGGUGAACUUGUAGCUGAAGGUGCAAAAGAUGCUCCCAGCAGUGGCAUGAAACUGGGGGAGCAUAAAGAAAUGCCACCAGAAGAAGCUCAACUUCAUGGAGUAAAGGAUAAAAAAUUGCAAAAAGUUGUUAGUAGCACUGAGGAGGGUUCUCAAACUGUUUCUAUAUCUUCAGCUCCUAUAGGUCAGGUACAAGCUGGCGGCCUAAUGCAACCUUCCCAUCCUGGUUCUGCUAUACUCCAGCAAAAGCCAGGGGCACCUCCUUUGUUACAAGUGCCUUCUUCAGGGCCUCCACAUCAUAUACUGGGUUCUGGGCAGCCCUUAGCUCAUGUAAGGCCUCAGGGACCUGGACAUGUGCCUGGGCAUCCUUCUCAUCUAUCUGAGCAUUUCCAAUCACCUAGGGGAAACCUGGGAUUUGCAGCAUCAUCUGCGAAUGCAAGUCAGCAUGGGCCUUAUAACCAAAGCCAUGCACCUCCUCAUUCAGGGGCACCCAGAGGGCCACCAUUUGCACCUCCCCCUAGUGCUUUUGAUUCUCAUGGAGGUAUAAUGGCCCGAGCAGCACCCUAUGGCCAUGAAGGUCAGAUGGGCCUACAGAGGCCAGCUUUUCAGAUGGAACAGGGAGCAACUGGACAGCCAUCUGGUAUCAUCUCAAACAUGCUCAGGAUGAAUGGAAAUCCAGGCUUCGAAUCCUCAUCAACUCUGGGGUUGAGGGAUGAAAGAUUUAAAGCUUUGCCGGAUGGGAGGUUGAAUCCCUUCCCAGGAGACCCAACUCGUGUGAUUAGUCGAGUAGGGUUUGAAGAUGAUCUCAAGCAAUUCCCUAGGCCUUCUUUUCUGGAUUCUGAGCCUCUUCCAAAACUAGGGAAUUACUCAUCUCGAGCCUUUGAUAGGAGACCUUUCGGAGUCAAUUAUGAUACUCGUCUAAAUAUAGAUCCUGCGGCUGGCUCUGCUCCAAGGUUCCUGUCUCCUUAUGGUCACGCUGGAUUAAUUCAUGCCAAUGAUACAAUUGGUCACCCAGAUUUUGGUGGACGGCGCCUUAUGGACGGUUUGGCCCGACGAAGUCCAAUCAGAGAUUACCCUGGCAUCCCAUCUCGAUUUAGGGGAUUUGGCCCUGAUGAUUUUGAUGGCAGGGAAUUCCAUCGAUUUGGUGAUCCACUUGGCAGGGAAUUCCAUGAUAAUAGGUUUCCUAAUCAACAUUUUCGGCGGGGAGAGUUUGAGGGUCCUGGUAAUAUGCGAGUAGAUGAUCGUAUGAGGAAUGAUUUGAUUGGUCAAGAUGGUCACUUAGGUCAUCUUCAGAGGGGAGAGCAUCUGGGUCCUCAUAACUUGCCUGGUCAUUUGCAUAUGCGAGAGCAUGUGGGUUUUGGUGUCCAUCCUCGACAUGCAGGGCCUGGGAGCUUUGAAUCGUUUAUUGGUAACAGGGCUAAUCAUCCACGUCUUGGUGAGCCUGGAUUUAGGAGCAGCUUUUCACUUAAGAGAUUUCCAAAUGAUGGCACUUAUGCAGGAGAGCUGGAGUCUUUUGAUCACUCAAGGAAAAGGAAGCCAGCAAGCAUGGGAUGGUGUCGUAUCUGUAAAGUUAACUGCGAAACAGUUGAGGGCUUGGAUGUGCAUUCACAAACAAGGGAACACCAGAGAAUGGCUAUGGAAAUGGUACAAAUUAUCAAGCAGAAUGCCAAGAAGCAGAAACUAACCUCUGGUGAUCAGUCCUCGAUAGAGGAUGCAAACAAGUCAAAGAUUACCAGUUCCGAGAGCCAGAGUGAAAAGUCUUGAUUGAUGAUGGUGUGUUGCAGCGUGGAUCUCUUUGGUUGCAUUUGAGUGGGGUCCAGUUAGUUUCUUUGGUUUUAUUGCGAUAGCAAUAUAGGUGAUGCACCCUUCCAUGCCUCUUUUCUCUUCCUUCGGGGUGGUUUAUGCUAGCUUUGUCCUUUCAGGUUGCUGCCAUGUUAAUGGAGAUGGUAUUUGGAACUGAAGUUCAAUGGCAGUUAAGUUUGUUGGUUUUUGACUUUCAAGCAUUAUCUAUUAUGACUAGGAUUGUUUUUGUUCACGUGAGCAUUAUAAAUUCAGAAGUUUCAUAUUGCUGUU